CGUAGGUUGCGGACCAGUGUACAGCCUAUAACUCAACAUGUCUGGCAGAGGAAAAGGAGGAAAGGUUAAGGGGAAAUCCAAGACUCGCUCCAGCAGGGCAGGACUUCAGUUCCCAGUGGGGCGCAUCCACAGGCUGCUGCGCAAAGGCAACUACGCAGAGCGUGUCGGGGCAGGCGCCCCGGUCUACUUGGCCGCGGUGAUGGAGUACCUGGCCGCCGAGGUGCUGGAGCUGGCGGGCAAUGCUGCGCGCGACAACAAGAAGACCAGGAUCAUCCCGCGUCACCUUCAGCUGGCCAUUCGCAACGACGAGGAGCUCAAUAAGCUCCUGUCAGGCGUGACCAUUGCCCAGGGUGGCGUUCUGCCCAACAUUCAGGCAGUGCUGCUGCCCAAGAAAACCGAGAAGAAAGCCUAAGCCCCUUGUUUGCUUCUCAGGUUUGAAAAAAAAAAAAAAAAAAACGGUCCUUAUCAGGACCAAAAAA